AGAAGAACGAGAAGACGGAGAGGAGUUGUACCGAUUGUACAUGCAUUCAACAUAGCACACCAGACCAGUGUUGUAACAUUUACGCAUAUAUUCCUGUAUCUAUAGUGUUGUUCUGUUUCAUUUUGUUGUUGUUCGUUUUCUAACUCUGGAAAUCAUGGAUCAAGCGACCACCACUUCAACUUCAUCCUCGAUUGGAAAUCCAACUUCGGCCAUUCAUUUAGGCGGUCAUCCAUUACCACCCUUGAUCGAACUUGAAUCAACAAGCGGAGGAUAUAUCGAUUUAUUCUUAUUAUCGUUACAGCGACCUGUUCUGUUAUUCAUCUAUCCACGAACGGCAUCAGAAGGUGAACAAGUUUCUGAUUCUUGGAAAAAUAUUCCAGGCGCUUUUGGUUGUACUUCACAUUUACGAUCGGUACAAGAAUCUGUCAAAACACUUCAAGCAAAAGAAAAAGAUUUAGUUGUCUUUGGCUUAAGUGGUCAAUCAGCAAAAGAACAAAAAUCAUUCUCUGAUCGAUUCAAACUUGGUUUUCCUCUUUUGAGCGAUAAAGAUUUAUUAUUACAAAAAGCUUUGGAUCUUCCAACGUUCACCUGGAAUCAAAACACUUACCUUCAACGGAUCACCUUACUCUUACGUGAAGGACAAGUGACCCAAUACCAAUUCCCAAUUCCUCAACCGACAAAAGCGGCAGAAGAAGCAUUAAAAAUGCUU